UAACGUUUUUCACUUAGGAGACACAACACAAACAACUUCAACUGUUUGUUCCUCCUCUGCUUUGUACACAACUCUGUUUUAUAACAUAAUUAAAGAGAGAAAAAAUAUGGAAGGAAAUAGUGCAAGUUUUUUUCAAAGGUGCAAGCCUUACAUAGCUAUGAUUUCUCUACAAUUUGGAUUUGCUGGUAUGAACAUAAUAACAAAAGUUUCACUCAACCGUGGAAUGAGUCACUAUGUUCUUGUUGUUUAUAGACAUGCUUUUGCUACUGCUGCUAUUGCUCCAUUUGCUAUAGUUCUUGAGAGGAAGAUUAGGCCCAAGAUUUCAUUUCUUAUGUUCAUGCAAAUGUUCGUCUUGGGACUUCUCGGGCCUGUGAUUGAUCAGAAUCUAUACUAUGCUGGGCUGAAAUUCACUUCCCCAACCUACUCAUGUGCUAUUAGCAACAUUCUCCCUGCAAUGACAUUUGUAAUGGCAGUGCUCUUCAGGAUGGAGAAAUUGGACAUAAGAAAAUUAAGAUGCCAAGUAAAGGUGAUUGGAACUGUAAUCACAGUUGCUGGGGCCAUGCUGAUGACAUUAUACAAAGGAGAAGUUAUUAAUAUAUUGGGGUCUCAAUAUAUGCAUCAUCCUAAAAAUUAUUCACCUGAAAACAACACUGAUUCUGGUGAAAAGGAUUGGUUUAAGGGUUCUAUUCUGCUACUUAUAGCUACCUUUGCUUGGGCUUCUUUCUUCAUCCUUCAGGCAGUGACAUUAAGAAAAUACUCAGCUCAGCUCUCACUGACAGCCAUAGUGUGUUUCUUAGGCACACUUCAAUCAAUUGCAGUUACCUAUGUUAUGGAGCACAGGCCAUCUGUUUGGAACAUUGGUUGGGACAUGAACCUAUUAGCUGCAGCCUAUGCAGGUAUAAUAUCAUCAGGUCUUACCUACUAUGUUCAAGGGAUAGUGAUGCAAAAGAAAGGGCCAGUUUUUGUCACUGCUUUUAGUCCUUUGAUGAUGAUCAUUGUAGCCAUCAUGGGAACUUUCAUCCUUGCAGAAAAAUUAUAUCUUGGAGGAAUUAUUGGAGCUACUUUGAUAGUAAUAGGACUUUACUCAGUUCUAUGGGGAAAAAGCAAAGAAAACAAAGAAAUUGAAGAAGAGAUAAGAACAGAGGGAGUGGAGUGUUGUAGAGAAAAUGGAGUGAUGGAAACAGUGGUUGAAGAAGGAGUUGAAGUAAAUGACAUUGAAAUGCAAAAUGGUGAAGCUAUUAAAGAGUUAAGGGUAGUAGCAAUUAUUACUGCUCCAAAAGUUUAAAAUAUGUAUAGAAAUUAUUAUUAGGAAUAACAAAAAAAAAAAUGUGGAAUGAAAAAAAGGGUCAUGGAGAGUUGAGAAAUUGAGAGGGGUUUUUGUUGUGUAUCCUCAUCAUCAUCAUCACUACCUUUCUUCGGAAAAAACUAGCUAAAGCAUUUUUGGUGGUUGAUUAGGACCAUUAAGUGUGGGCCCCGUUGUCCAUAAUGUAACUUAAUUAAAUUUUGCAUACUUUGUUCAAAAGGAAAUUAUAAUUGCUUAACUCUAUUACAAUGUAAAUCAUUACCUCAA